CGGCCUCUGGUUUCGCCGGCCCCCAGGGUUUCAUCUGAAGGGCGGGACCUUCCUAUUCCCCCAUUCCCACUCCCACCCCAGGGCCAAUGAAAGCAACAUACCUCAGCCUCCCAGUGACUAAGAGCUCCCAGUAUUUAAGAAGUUGCGGGAACCCGCUGAGAACUGCUGUGGCUUCCUCCCUGCAAAGGGUGCGCUCUGCUCCCUGAAGGGACAAGCCCAGUCCCCCUGCCGCCGAGAGCAUGUGCUGCAACCAGUGCUCCCGCUACCUGGGCGCCAGUCUCUGUGUGCUCGCUGCCCUGUGCAUCACGGCGAACGUCCUGCUGUACUUUCCCCACGGAGAGACGAAGCCUGCUUCCGAGAACCACCUUAGCCGCUUCGUGUCCUUCUUCUCGGGGAUCGUGGGAGGAGGCCUGCUGGUAUUCCUGCCCGGCUACGUCUUCUUGGGACUGGAGAGGGAGAACUGCUGUUGUUGCCUUGGAAACCACAGCUGUGGCAAGAGAUGUGCGAUGCUGUCCUCUGUCCUGGCCGCCCUCAUUGGAAUCGCAGGAUCUGGCUACUGUGUCAUUGUGGCAGCCCUGGGCUUAGCAGAAGGACCACUGUGUAAAAACAGCGAACAGCAGUGGGACUACCCCUUUGCCAACACCGAGGCAAAGUACCUUGUGGAAAGUUCAUCCUGGUCCAAGUGCAUUGAACCUGAGCACAUAGUGGAAUGGAAUACAACUCUGUUUUCUAUCCUAUUGGCUCUUGGUGCGAUUGAGUUCAUCUUGUGUCUCAUUCAAAUCCUAAACGGAGUGCUGGGAGGCAUCUGUAGCUAUUGCUGCUGUCGGCAGCAGUGGUAUGACUGCUGAAACAGCCAGCGCAGGACAGAACCACAGCCGGCCUUUUUGCAUCGUAAUUUAUUGUACUUGCAUUAAAUUGUACAGCUCACCUGUUCCAGUUUUAUGAACAUGUGUACAAGCUGACCUCGUCACAGAUUAGCAAGUGUUUGGACUUAGUAAACAGACUUUUAUUUUAUUUUUGUCUCUUAAGAAAUAAAAAACAAAAACAAAAACACCUGACUUCACUCAGGAGAUAAUUGACACCAGUCUGAGUGAGGGUCCUCAGAAAAUCUGAGAGGGGCUAUGGCCUGGAGUUACGUUCCUGAGAAACAUUGCAAGGAUAGAAAUUACAUUCCAAAUGCUAGUGUGUAUACCUAUACACACAUAUGUAUGCAUAUACAUUAUAUAUAUACACAUACACACAUGUAUGCAUGUGGUUUUUAAA